GGGUUGGGUGCAUUCCCGCCGACAAACAAACCAGCUCCUUAACGGCCAAAAAGCACGUGACCAAGCGUCCUCCACAAGAAACAGUCUCGUGACCUUUCGGGUAACAGUGUCGGGGGCCCCUUUAAGACUCUGUGACAGGAUGACGGCAACGAGGUGAGAGCAGAGCGCGCGCAGCAUCACGACGAUCCCCACAGGAAGGACAAAGAGGAGGAGGAGGCGUGCCACACGAUGGGCGCGUCAUUAACGCACGGGCUCGUGCUGAUGUUUACGAUGACAGAGGCGUGAGACGUUAAACCUGCAGGACUAGUUAGUCUGUGACAACGAGGACCGGCCUCUCCGCUCCGCCCAGCACCGCCUGGCUGGCUCCACGCUGCCUGAGCGGGCAGAGACACGCACCGUGGCUGCAUGCAGCAGGCACGGAGUCAUAACACACAAACAGAUAUUGCGACGCGGUGAGCCACGAGCAGAUCUGCGGGAUGAUGAACGGAGAGCGGAUCGCAGCAGCCGGAGGAGACACGCCGGGGGCCGCGGGGAGGACGCGCCGGUUCCAACGGCCGCACGCCUCGGUGCCCCAGUUCACCAACUCCCCGACCAUGAUCGUGAUGGUGGGCCUCCCGGCACGAGGGAAAACCUACAUCUCCACGAAGCUCACCAGGUACCUGAACUGGAUCGGCGUCAAAACCAAAGUGUUUAAUGUGGGCCAGUACCGCAGACAGGCCACCUGCUCCUACAACAGCUACCAGUUCUUCAGACCCGACAACGAGGAGGCCAUGAAGAUCCGCAAGGCCUGCGCCGUCGCUGCCCUCCAAGACGUGUGCGAGUACAUCAGCAGGGAGCAGGGUCAGGUGGUGGUUUUUGAUGCCACGAACACCACCCAGGACCGCAGAGAGGUCAUCCUGAACUUUGCCAAAGAAAACGGCUACAAGGUUUUCUUUGUGGAGUCGAUAUGUGACGACCCCGACAUCAUCGCUGAGAAUAUUAAACAAGUGAAGCUGAGCAGCCCGGACUACGCCGGCUGUGACAAAGAGGAGGCCGUGGCCGACUUCCUGAAGAGGAUCGAAUGUUAUACGAUGACCUACGUCCCCCUCGAUGACACCAAGGACAGGAACUUGUCUUACAUUAAAAUCUUCAACGUGGGCAGCAGAUACCUGGUGAACCGGGUCCAGGACCACAUUCAGAGCCGGAUCGUCUACUACCUCAUGAACAUCCACGUCACCCCGAGGUCCAUCUACCUGUGUCGCCACGGUGAGAGCGAACUGAACCUCGUGGGUCGCAUCGGAGGCGACUCUGGGCUUUCCUCUCGCGGGGCGAAGUUUGCCAGCACUCUGGGCACCUACAUGCGUGGGCAGUGCAUCAGCGACCUGAAGGUGUGGACGAGCCACAUGAAGAGGACCAUCCAGACCGCAGAGGCUCUGGGAGUCCAGUACGAACAAUGGAAAGCUCUCAACGAGAUCGACGCCGGGGUUUGUGAGGAGAUGACGUACGAGGAGAUUCAGGAGCAUUUCCCCGAGGAGUUCGCGCUGAGGGACCAAGACAAGUAUCGCUACCGCUACCCUAAAGGAGAGUCGUACGAGGACCUCGUUCAGCGUCUGGAGCCGGUCAUCAUGGAGCUGGAGAGGCAGGAGAACGUUCUAGUCAUCUGUCACCAGGCAGUCAUGAGGUGUCUGCUGGCCUACUUCCUGGACAAGAGUGCUAACGAGCUGCCGUACCUGAAGUGUCCUCUGCACACGGUUCUGAAACUCACGCCAGUCGCUUACGGUUGCAAAGUGGAAUCCGUCUUCCUGAACAUCGAGGCCGUCAACACGCACAGAGACAAGCCGGUGAACGUCGACGUGGACCGAGACCCGGCCGAGGCCCUGGAGACGGUCCCUGAACACAUCUAGAGGAGGCCGGCAGGGAGCUCGUUUUUAUUCACUGGUGGAAGUGGCCUUUUAUUGUUUUUUAAUUUAAGUAAUCUUAGAGAUCAUCGCUGUUGUGAUUGUUGCUGUUGUGACAGUUUGAAGCUUCACAGCACUGAAAAUGAGACAUUUCUCUGUGGUAGCCUCUUUCCGUUGUCGAUGCACUUUAUAACGUAGGACCGAGGCCGGAUGAAGAAGAGGUCUCGUCUACUGUGGGGAAAAAAACAAAGUAGUGCUGAACAUGUGCCGGGGGGUCUGCGUUACCGUGUUCCCUCCUCGACUCUUCCUCACCUGUACCUGUGCUGUAACCAGUGUCAGUCUGAACCGUCAUUGUAGGAAGUUAACUGUCCACACUGACAUACCGAACACGUGGUGCUGGUUACCGUCAGCGAGUAGAGCGUUGUUACAGAUCCUUAAAGGACAGGUUGAAAGGAUUUUUAGGAUUGCUGAAAAAGUUUUUAUUCCUGGCAGUAAAACCGUCAUGUUUGCUCUGGUGGUAAAUGCACCAACAUUUCUAUUCUGAUCUAAUCGACUUCUUAAAGCCACAUUCACGCAUUGAAGCCGGACUUCCACCAUCACGCCCGCGGGCCUUCUUCCAGGGCAGAAAUAAAACUCUCCCUGAGUCGUGUGCUUGGCGCCUCGAUGCUGAUAAAACACCCAGAACACGCGCUCUAAAACAACAAGGAAACACUUGAUGAUCAUCAGGGGGAAAAAAAAAAGUUAAAGUCGAGACAGAAAGCAGUUUAAACACCUAUAAAACUGGAACCCAGCUAUCGCCACCUGGUGGCCUUCAGACAGAAUGCAGGUAGAUGCAUCCAUGUUUUUACCGUGUCUGCGCCUCGGGACUUCUGCGAGCCUCAGCUCUGAUUACCUUCAGCCUGUUCAGAAACUGUGAUGAUAGUUUAGUGUUUUAAUCUCUUUUUAAACGGCCCGCGUUCAUUUAAAAGAAAAAGAAAAAAGAUGGAGGAAAACCAUCCCUGCCCAGAUAUCCACAGGCGACUGGAAUAUAACCUGAGGGGUUGUGAUUGGAUUCAGCAGGACUGGCUGACAGUGUUUGGCUGAAUGUGGUUUUUGGUAGUUUUCAGUAUUAUUCAUUGUAAAAGAUAAAACAGAAACGAGGCCUUCAAAGCACACGACCCAUAAUUCCUGCGUAAAACAUGAGGGGACAGCUGGUCCUGUAACUGCCCGAUACCUCAAUGUGCCUCAUAAACACACAAUCCAUGACUGCUCUAUGCACCCCACUCUUUAGUGGGGGAGGGAGGUCUGGUGCAUCUUUUUUCUUUUUUUCUGUGAAGUUACACUGACUGUUCGUGGUCCUGAUGAUGUGUCCGUCCGCUGUAGUCCUGCUCUUUGUCUCCUGGACUCGCUGAUCCAGGAUCACUGGUAUCAUGAACUCACCUACAGGCAGGUUGAUGUUAGGAGGGCGAGUGGUUCAUUACAGGCAGCACAGACUGGUGUCGUACUAAAAGUCACUAAAGAUCAAUGAAAGCAUCAGUUAGAUGCUGGAAUCAAAACGGCCACAUCCUGUGGUCAUUCGAGGGACUGCGUUUGUGGUUCCACACAUCGGUUUGCUGCUCGGAUGAGACGCUAAAAACUGUGCUGCUGAUGAACGCUGCAGAAUUAAUAAGCUUCAUGAUGAUAGUGAAGCCAAACACCUGCGUAGGCUUCCUUUGCAAAAGGAGUCGCACCACCCGUGUUAACACCUUCAGGUGUUCUUAAUAAUAGUAUACAGGAUCAAAUAUACCUCAAAGCCUGCAGUUUAGGGAUGUGCUCACCUGAGAAACUGUAGAAAAAUGCACAUUUUCCAGAGUAGGUAGCUCAGGGUUACCAUGGUGAUAUGCUGUAGUUAGGUGAGUCAGGUUCAUGAUACCAGUAAACCUGGAUAGCGACUAACACUAUUACUCAGAUGUGAUUGGAGGCCUCUGUGUGCUGGAGCAUUAUGUUCUGCGUUGUGCAGAAUCACCUGGUGUAGCAAUAGAAAAUCAAACCACCUCAGGGGAUCCUCAUCUUCACAGUGAGUCAGUUUUACUGUGAGUGGUAGCAAACCUGCAGUGUUGAACAGUAAUUCUGUGUUUAAACGAGACUCGUACAGUAACCCCGCCCCGUGCCGCUGUGUCACCAGCAACCAGUCAAAUCAAUGCAAUCACUGUUGUUGGAUCAAUUAUAAAACUUUAUUUUAUAAACGUGAAAAAAAACCUGCUGUUACGUUAAAAUCCAGGCAAUAAAAUCUAAAUGGAUACUGGACAUUUGU